GUAUUUAUCUUCCUGUACCACAGUUAGUGCUCAUUGCAGCGAUGGACUUCAGAGGGAUCACUCUACUUCUACUUGUCAUUUCUGCAGUCCUCCUCAGCACUGAUGGACAUCUUCCUAAGUGCUGUGUGGCUGUUUCAAAGCGCAUCCCAACCAAAAUGAUCAGGAAUGUGCAGAGGUUUAAGAAGCAGAGCAGCUCAGGACUGUGUGACAUCGAUGCCAUUAUAAUAUACGUAAAGAUGCCCAGGACAAAAGGAAAGAAGGACAAAAGAAUCUGCGUUCAUCCAAACGCCAUGAAACUGCUGAAACCAUGGAUGAAAAAGAAACAACUGUUCUCUUCAAAGAUUGCAGCACCAUGAACCCUGUAUGUAGGAAAGGGCAUCUGAGGAUAACUUUGCCGUUUCAUGUUUCUUGGCACGCUUGCUAUCGCACCUCAAUUACUUACAAAUAACUAACCAAUUUGCUGUAACUUAGUUCAUUUUUUUUCUUUCUUUCUUUCAUUUACUCUUUUUUAUUAAUAGUAUUAUCAUGUUAUUUUAUUGCUUGUUUUCUCUGAUUGCUUGUUUAAUGGAUUUAAUGUUUUAUUGUUGAUUCUGUAAGGUGACCUUGAGUGUUCAGAAAGGCGCCCAUAAAUAAAAUGCAUUAUUAUUAUUAUUAUUAUUAUUAUUAUUAUUAUUAUUAUUAACUGAAAUGUUUAAUGUUUGGCAGCUAGUAUUAAACCCUCAAACAAGCAAAAAUCAAACAAGCCUUUCUUACUUACCGGUAUUAAGGGGUCUGACUGAAUAAAGGGGACUAUCC